AUGGCAUUUGAACCGAAUCUGUUUGAGUUAUCCUCUGUCUCGAUACAACAUUCUACACACGAUGAUACAUCAACUUCAAAUCCGCCGAUAGUAAAAGAAAACAUUUAUUUGGAUGAACUUUGUGUGAAUGAGUUAAGCUUUAUUAAAUCAAAUUCACUAUUACGUGAUACACAGACAACAUUUAAUUGUACCACUCAAUCACCUUAUGAUGAAGUAAAUGCUAGUGUACCAAUUAUUAAUGAUGAUAAAAUGCCAUAUUUAACAUUUCGAACUGU